AUGUUAAAAAUAUUAGCUUGCUCUUCAAUUGGGAUCCUUACAUAUAGCCAAUACAAAUACGCUGAUUCUGAAGAAUUCAGAGCUGGUAUGAGAAGAUCGGAUCUACCAGACUUUACUCUAGAUGAUAUUUCCAGACACAAAAAUCCUGAAAAAUCUGUGUGGGUCACUUUUAAAGAAGGAGUCUAUGAUGUAACAAAUUUCAUUGAGCACCAUCCUGGAGGCGAAAAAAUAUUACUUGGUUCUGGAGGUUCAAUUGAGCCCUUUUGGAAUUUAUAUAGAGCUCACCACAAGCCACAAGUCUAUCAGAUGCUUGAAUCUAUGCGUAUCGGGAACUUAAAGAAUGCUCAAGUCCUUGCUCUAGAUGACCCUUAUAAAGACGAUCCUCAAAGAAACCCAGAAAUGGUUACUCAUGGCGUCAAGCCAUUUAACGCAGAAACCCCUAAUGAUUUGUUGGUUAAUAACAAAACCACCCCAAACGAUCUAUUUUUUAUAAGAAACCAUUUGCCAGUUCCCCAUAUAGAUCCAAAAACGUACCGCUUGGAGCUAGUCCUUUAUGCUGAUAAAUGCUUUGAAUUUUCUCUAGACGAUUUAAAAUCAAAAUUUGAACACGUGACAAUCAAAUCAUGCAUACAAUGUGCUGGAAAUAGAAGAGCUGAUAUGGCUAAGUAUGGAAACGUUCGAGGAGUCAUGUGGAACGCUGGAGCCAUUGGAAGUGCUGAAUGGAAAGGUGUAAGACUAAGAGACCUAAUAAAAUAUGCCAACCCAAAACAUGAGUACCAGCAUGCACAUAUAGAAGCAUAUGAUUCUGACCCAAACGGCCCAUUUGGGACCAAUAUUCCUAUGUCAAAAAUAAUGGACGAGCAUGGAGAUGUGAUUUUGGCUUUAGAAAUGAACGGAGAGCCGCUCCCAUUAGACCAUGGCUUUCCAGUCAGACUUAUUGUCCCCGGAUAUGUAGGAGUUAGAAACAUAAAAUGGGUGAAAAGGAUAUCAUUAAAUGACGAUGAAAGCAAUCUAAUAUGGCACAAAAGAGACUAUAAAGUGUUUGGAGUUAAUGAUACCCCAGAUAAUGUAGAUUUUGAGAAGAGGCCACCGCUUUAUGAAAUGAAUGUUCAGUCAGCAAUCUGUGAUCCUUUAGAUGGAGCAACUGUAGAAAGUGUGGAAGGGAAAGUAACGUUUAAGGGGUAUGCCUAUAGUGGAGGAGGACAUGAAAUUGCAAGAGUAGAUAUAACCACUGAUAAAGGAGAAACAUGGCAUGAGGCAGAGCUGUCAAAAGAUCUGGCUUAUCAUAAAAAGCAUUGGUCUUGGGCUCUGUGGGAAACUAAAAUCCCAGUAUCAGAGCUUCAAAAUGAAGUUUGUGUUAAAGCUGUAGAUUCUUCAGGAAACUCUCAGCCACGUGAUACAGCACCUAUUCUGAAUUAUAGAGGCCUUUUAAACAAUGCAUGGCACUGCAUUAAAAUAAACCAUAAAUAA